AUGUCGCCUACCUUUGAUAUGGUCGAUAUGAAGGGCAAAGUUGUGAUUGUCACUGGUGGAAAGCAUUGGCUAUGGGACCGUCCGCCAUCUCGCUUGAUGAAGCUCAAGACCGAGUCUCUUGAAUCUGGGAAUAUGGAUAUCGUAUGGCUAAAGCUCGACCUCAGUGAUCCUCGACUGGCAAGACAGUCCGCGGAAGACUUCUUGCAGCAGGAAAAGCGGCUGGAUGUGCUAGUGAAUAAUGCCGGCUUGAUGUUGGAACCAUACGAAGCCGGGCCAGAUGGCAUGUCAAAGCUAGUCAUCGUCAACUAUCUCAGUCCCUUCGUUUUCACGCAAACGCUACUUCCUCUUCUCAUCUCGACUUCGCAGGAGCUGAAUUCCGAUGUUGCUUCCAUAUCACAUAAAUGGACUCGUGGAUUUAAAUGUGAUACAGUUCAAGAUCUGAAUGUGUCAUACGACAAGAGAUGGUUCUCCAGCUUCUGGCGGUAUGCCCACUCUAAAUUGCUGGUCAUUCUCUGGACCAAGUCUCUUCAAAAGAGACUUGAUGCCUCGGAACCACCGGUGCCUAUAACUGUUAUUUCACUUCACCCUGGCAGUGUAGACACCUUUACUCAUAAGUGGUCCCUUGCGCCUCUGUGGAAACUACUGAUCACACCGGUCGUGACCGAUAUAGAACGUGGGUCGUACACCUCUUUUUUUGCGGCCGCGGGAAAGGACAUCAGAGACAAUCGGAACAAAUACAAAGGUAUCUAUCUUGAGGACAAUCCCCCGCGAAUCACCAAUCCGAGCAAAGUAGCACGAGAUGACGAUCUUGCCCAGCGUCUUUGGACCAUUACCGUUGGCUUCUUUUCCGAGCUCAGUUAG